ACGUGACCUGUCAGUUCUGGGAGACGGAGGAAAAUGGCCGCCGGGUGUGUUGAGGGCGACGCGCUGAAACCCGCCGCCUCUCCAUUUCCCGUCGUGUAACCGCGCGUGCGGCCAAGCGGCCCCCUUCCGCCGGCGCUGCCCUCGGGCGGGCUUGUGAGACGGCAUUGGAAUAAAGAUAACUACAGUGUUCUGUGAAAAUGUCAGUUCUGAUAUCACAGAGUGUAAUAAAUUAUGUAGAAGAAGAAAACAUUCCUGCUCUGAAAGCUCUUCUUGAAAAAUGCAAAGAUGUAGAUGAGAGAAAUGAGUGUGGCCAGACUCCACUGAUGAUAGCUGCUGAACAGGGCAACCUGGAAAUAGUGAAAGAAUUAAUUAAGAAUGGAGCUAAUUGCAACCUGGAAGAUCUGGAUAACUGGACAGCACUUAUAUCGGCAUCCAAGGAGGGGCAUGUGCUGGUCGUGGAAGAGCUACUCAAGUGUGGGGCUGACCUGGAGCACCGUGACAUGGGAGGAUGGACAGCUCUCAUGUGGGCGUGUUAUAAAGGCCGUACCGAAGUGGUUGAGUUGCUUCUUUCUCAUGGUGCCAAUCCAAGUGUCACCGGUCUGCAGUACAGCGUUUACCCCAUCAUCUGGGCAGCAGGGAGAGGCCAUGCAGACAUAGUGCAUCUUUUACUGCAGAAUGGUGCUAAAGUCAACUGCUCCGAUAAGUAUGGAACCACCCCUUUGGUUUGGGCUGCUCGGAAGGGUCAUCUGGAAUGUGUAAAACAUUUAUUGGCCACGGGAGCGGACGUUGAUCAAGAAGGAGCUAAUUCAAUGACCGCGCUUAUUGUGGCAGUCAAAGGAGGAUACACACAGUCAGUAAAAGAAAUUCUGAAGAGGAAUCCAAACGUGAAUUUAACAGAUAAGGAUGGAAAUACAGCUUUGAUGAUUGCGUCAAAGGAGGGCCAUACCGAGAUUGUGCAGGAUCUACUUGAUGCUGGAACUUACGUGAACAUACCUGAUAGGAGUGGGGAUACUGUGUUGAUUGGUGCUGUCAGAGGUGGUCACGUGGAAAUUGUUCGAGCACUUCUCCAAAAAUAUGCUGAUAUAGACAUUAGAGGGCAGGACAAUAAAACUGCUUUGUAUUGGGCUGUUGAGAAAGGAAAUGCAACAAUGGUGAGAGAUAUCUUACAGUGCAAUCCUGACACUGAGAUAUGCACAAAGGACGGUGAGACACCACUAAUUAAGGCCACCAAGAUGAGAAAUAUUGAAGUCGUGGAGCUGCUGUUGGACAAGGGAGCCAAAGUGUCUGCUGCGGAUAAGAGAGGAGACACUCCUUUGCAUAUUGCUAUUCGUGGGAGGAGUCGGAAACUGGCAGAACUUCUUUUAAGAAAUCCCAAAGAUGGAAGGUUACUUUAUAGGCCCAACAAAGCAGGCGAGACUCCCUACAACAUUGACUGUAGCCAUCAGAAAAGUAUUUUAACUCAGAUAUUUGGAGCCAGACACUUGUCUCCUACUGAAACGGACGGCGACAUGCUGGGUUAUGAUUUGUACAGCAGCGCCCUGGCAGAUAUUCUCAGUGAGCCCACCAUGCAGCCCCCCAUUUGUGUGGGGCUCUAUGCGCAGUGGGGAAGUGGGAAAUCCUUCCUACUCAAGAAGCUGGAAGAUGAAAUGAAGACUUUUGCAGGACAGCAGAUUGAACCUCUUUUCCAGUUCUCGUGGCUCGUAGUCUUUCUGACGCUGCUGCUUUGUGGAGGCCUUGGGCUACUGUUGGCCUUCACGGUCGACCCAAACCUUGGAGUAGCAGUGUCCCUGAGCCUCUUGGCCCUCUUAUACAUAUUUUUUAUUGUCAUUUACUUUGGUGGACGGAGGGAAGGAGAGAGUUGGAAUUGGACCUGGGUCCUCAGUACUCGAUUGGCAAGGCAUAUUGGGUAUUUGGAACUUCUCCUCAAACUGAUGUUUGUGAAUCCACCAGAAUUGCCAGAGCAAACCACCAAAGCUUUGCCUGUGAGGUUCUUGUUUACAGAUUACAAUCGGCUGUCCAGUGUAGGUGGAGAAACAUCGAUGGCGGAAAUGAUCGCGACCCUGUCAGAUGCUUGUGAGAGGGAAUUUGGCUUUUUGGCAACUAGGCUUUUUCGAGUAUUCAAGACUGAAGAUACACAGGGUAAAAAGAAAUGGAAAAAAACGUGCUGUCUCCCAUCUUUUGUCAUCUUCCUCUUUAUCUUUGGCUGCAUUAUUGCUGGAAUCACUCUUCUGGCGAUAUUCCGAGUUGACCCAAGACAUCUGACAAUCAAUGCUGUCCUCAUCUCAAUUGCGUCUAUCGUGGGGUUGGCCUUCGUGCUGAACUGUCGUACCUGGUGGCAGGUGCUGGACUCUCUCUUGAAUUCUCAAAGGAAACGUCUCCAUAGUGCUGCCUCCAAGCUGCACAAAUUGAAAAGCGAAGGAUUCAUGAAAGUUCUUAAGUGUGAAGUGGAAUUGAUGGCGAAGAUGGCAAAGACCAUCGACAGCUUCACUCAGAACCAGACGAGGCUGGUGGUGAUCACUGACGGGCUGGAUGCCUGUGAGCAGGACCGAGUGUUGCACAUGCUGGACACCGUGCGAGUUCUGUUUUCAAAAGGCCCAUUCAUUGCCAUCUUUGCAAGUGAUCCACAUAUUAUCAUAAAGGCCAUUAACCAGAACCUCAAUAGCGUGCUCCGUGACUCCAACAUCAAUGGCCAUGACUACAUGCGCAACAUAGUUCAUUUGCCUGUUUUCCUUAAUAGUCGUGGACUAAGCAAUGCAAGGAAAUUUCUUGUAACUUCAACAACAAAUGGGGACAUUGCGUGCUCAGAUACUACAGGGAUGCAGGAAGAUGCUGACAGAAGAGUUUCCCAAAACAGCCUUGGAGAGAUGACAAAACUCGGUAGCAAGACAGCCCUCAAUAGACGGGACACGUACCGGAGAAGGCAGAUGCAGCGGACUAUCACCCGGCAGAUGUCCUUUGACCUGACCAAACUGCUGGUGACGGAGGACUGGUUCAGCGACAUAAGUCCUCAGACCAUGCGAAGAUUACUUAACAUCGUUUCUGUGACAGGGCGAUUAUUGAGAGCCAAUCAGAUUAGCUUCAACUGGGACCGGCUUGCCAGCUGGAUCAACCUCACCGAGCAGUGGCCGUACCGCACCUCGUGGCUCAUCUUGUAUCUGGAAGAGACAGAAGGCGUUCCAGAUCAGAUGACGUUAAAGGCCAUCUAUGAAAG